AUGCGCACAUGGAAGAGGUCCUUCCCCGACGAUGAGACGUUAAAUCUAGUGUUGAAGGGGAUUCGAAACAAGAUAUUGAAACGGAUUAAGAGGAUAAACUGCUGCAGGAUUACCGCUACGGAGAGCAGGGAGGCAAUUAUUGACCCUGGAGUAGGCAGCUUUUUGGAAGGUCUCCAACCCAAGCUCAGUACGGAGACUGACGACGAUGAUAUGGGGUCCGACGAGGCAGGCGACCCGCCGUUUGACAAUGACAAUGGGGAGGAGAGCAAUGUCACUCCACCUACAGUCGGGGACUACAUAGUCGAUGCAGAAAGACAAAUAGAUGGGACUAUUGGAACAAUAACCAGAAAUAAUAUAAAUAUUGAAAACGAUGUAGAGAGAGAUCAUGUCACUAUUACCCAGGACGGAGAAGAGCGUUCAGGAGAAGUAGUCAGAAGAUAA